AUGCAUAUAGUCGUGUCUAAAACGAAAAGUCUAGUGCUUUCUUGUUCUCCUGACCUCUGCAUCCUGCUGAUAAACAGAGAAGCAGUGAAGCUAGUUGAGAGAUUCAAGUACGUCGGGCUCGAGCUUACUUAUGAUGGAAAAUGGGAGUGGGAGACGCACAUGCGAAGUGAAAUGGCUGGCUGCGUUCUGCGUGUUCUCUUAGCCGAUUUGAUUAAGGCAGAGCUGACUCUGAACUAUGAACUGCCGGUGUUCAAGUGGAUCUUCAUCCUGAUGCUCAUCUAA